CCUCCCGUCACUCCAUGCUAAAAAUACAUUAACACCGGGUUGACGUUUCUUGGCGGCUUUAGAACCUUCUAGCGAGCAACCUACUGAGUUAUUAAUACUCCCCACGCAUGAGGCUGCCAGUUAUCGUGCGAUUCGUGCCCCACUAACGCUGAGGAGGCGAGAGAAGAGAUAUAUAAAAGAGAUAUUAGGAGAGAAGAGAGGAAAUCGUGAGUCAUAAUGAGUGCUUUGCUUGUUGUGUAUUAGGAGACGCUUUGCUCUCUCACCACUAUUUUCUAAGGCCACAGAGAGUACUUUAUCACAUCACCAGAGGAGGAGACACCAUGGGGGGACAGGGCAAGGCAGAGGCCACACCCCAAGAGCUGAAGGAGCAGGGGAACCAAGCCUACAAGGACGGCGACUGGGACAAGGCUCUCGAAAAAUACACACAGGCUAUCCAGAUCAGCACCGAGGAGAAGGACAAGGCAGUGCUGUUCAAGAACCGAGCGGCCGUGCAUCUUAAGUGUGAGGACUUCAACCAGACGGUGAAGGACUGCACCCAAUGCCUGGAGCUCACCCCUAAGGACCCCAAGGCACUGUCCGCCCAGGCCUAUGAGUCCCUGGAGCAGUUUGAGAAGGCCUAUGCAGACAUCAGGGCAGUGCAGACGCUGGAUCCGAAGAACAAGGAAGUGCAGGUCAUGUUGGAACGUGUACAUAAAGUGGUGCAGGAUUUGAUAGAGGCCAAGACCAAGACAUCUGGGAAGGUGCAACAGCUGUUUGAGAUCCUGUUUGACCCAAGCCAUGAGAAGGACAAGAGAGAGACGUGUGCCAACAACCUGGUGGCGCUGGCCAGGGAGAGAGCCGGUGCUGAGUUGCUGCUGAGUCAGGGAUUGAUAGAACGCAUCAUUCAACUGCUCAAGACAGAGAGGAACCUUGAGAUCAGAGUGGCCUGUGCUAGAACCUUCUCCGAGUUCUGCCGAGACACUGCCAGGGCCAAGAAGCUGCUGACAGAGGUGGGCAUUCCGUGGUUCCUGGAGCUGAUGAACUCCCCGCACAAGGAGCUGGUCAACGCCACACAAUACACUCUUCAGGUCAUCCUCAACAGUCUCACUGGGAUGGAUAUCAAGCAGGAGAAGAGGCCAGAUAAACACUUGCUGGCUGAGAACCAGAAGGAGGUGGACAGUCUGAUGGCCACGAUGGUGAGUAUGAUGACGCAGCGCACCAUGUCUGGCCUGUGCCGUGAUGCUAUUAUUGAACUGGUGCUCAAGAACCUGGCCUGGGAUCGCCUUGACUGGGGGGACAAGUUUAUCAGGAUGGGAGGUGUUGAGAAGCUAUUGGACAUUGCCUCAGAACUCCCUGAAUUCAGCUUCGAGAGCUGCAUUGAGGUGACGGAGAACACACGCAUGACCACCUCCAUCUGUCUCUCACGCAUGUACGAAACACAGAGUGACGACAAGGCCCGCGCUGCCCUCAGGGAACGCAUUGAAGAAUAUGUGAGACUGCGCCUCCUCACCCCGGACCGAGAGCACCAGAUUCGUGUGGUGGUGGUGGUGACAACGCUGCUGUUGGGGCCGCUUGACCUUGGGAACCACUUCAUCGCCAAGGAGGGCAUGCUGGAGAUGAUGCUGGUGAUGGCUGGCAGCGAUGACAUCCUGCAGCAGAAGGUGGCAUGUGAGGCACUAAUCGCAGCAGCCUCCAAGAAGGACAAGUGCCGCUCCAUCACCACGCAGGGCACAGACAUCCUGAAGAAGCUGUACCAGAGCAAGGAAGACUCCAUCAAGGUCCGCGCUCUGGUGGGUCUAUGCAAACUUGGCUCUGUUGGUGGCACCGAUGCUUCCAUGCGGCCCUUUGGUGAGGGUGCCGCUCUUAAGCUGGCCGAGGCGUGCCGCAGGUUCCUGAUCAACCCCUCCAAGGACAAGGACAUGAGGAGGUGGGCGUGUGAGGGGCUGUCCUUCCUCACUCUGGAUGCCGAGGUGAAGGAAAAGCUGAUUGCCGACACAGAUGCCCUCCACUCCAUGAUUGAGCUGGCCAAGUCCGGUGACAUGAACUGCCUGUACGGUGUGGUGGCAAUUGUCAACCUGUGCAACGCGUACGACAAGCAGGAGGUGAUCCCGGAGAUGGUGGAGCUCGCAAAGUUCGCCAAGCAGCACAUCCCGGAGGAGCACGAGAUGGAUGACCAGGAUUUUGUGGACAACCGCAUCACCGUUUUGGCGCAGCAAGGGGCCAGCUGGGCUCUCGCGGUGCUUAGCAAGACAGAAAGCCAUAACUCUAAGGAACUCAUUGCUAGGCUAUACAAUGCAAUAUGCUCCAUACAAGAGAACCGUGGCCUGGUGGUGCAGCAGGGUGGCGUCAAGGCUCUCCUGGGGCUGGCAGCGGAGGGCACAGAGAAGGGCAAGGUGAUGGCAGCUCAAGCUCUCGCCCGCAUUGCCAUCACCAUCAACCCUGAAGUGUCUUUUCCAGGACAGAGAGCAUACGAGGUGGUGCGUCCUUUGCUGAAGCUGCUCCACCCAGACUGCUCCGGCAUUGAGAACUUUGAGGCUCUGAUGGGCCUGACAAACAUAGCUGGCAUGUCUGAGUCAGCUCGUAAACGCAUCAUCAAGGAGAAGGGCUUGCCUCUCAUUGAGCACUACAUGUUUGAGCACCACGACCUGAUCAGGAGGGCAGCCAUCCAGUGCAUGGCUAACAUGUGCGCCUCACCGGACAUCAUCAAGAUCCUGGAGGGCAAGAAUGAUAAGUUCAAGUACCUGACCUUGUGCGCGUCGGACGAGGAUGAGGAGAUUGUGAAGGCAGCAGCUGGGGCAAUGUGCAUGGUGAUGGCCGAGUCACCACUGUGUGUCAAGAAGGUGUUUGACGUGCUGGACUGGAUUGAGAUCCUUCAAUUCCUUCUGUCCAGCAGCAACAAAGAGAUCCAAUACCGCGGCACUGUCAUUGUGUACCUGCUGGUGUGCCACGACAAGCAGAGUGCAGAGCGCGUCAUUGACACUCACUGCAAGACUGCCUUGCAUGCCAUUUCCAAGAUUGACAACCCAGAGCUGGUGCUGCCCAAGGCGAAGGAAUACGCCCACAAUGCACUCAAGGUCUGCGCUGAGCAGUGGAAGCUGAUCAAGGACCCUGAUGCUGAGGAUGACUGAUCAACUCACACCUUAGGCAAUGUCACACUUGGCUGGGAGGAGCAGAGGAGUGAGGUGUCUGCUGAUAGGAACGUGUGAAUAUGCCAACCAGUGGAAUCAAGGAUGCUGAGAUGCCAGAUACAAUAUAAUAUCAGCCUUAGCUCAUUCAUUCAGAUCACAGGGAAUGAUUGGCAAGGUGUGAGGUGUGUCUGUUCAUGAGAGGAUGUGUAAAUGUGCCAACCAGUGGAAUCAAUGAAGCUGAGAUGCCAGAUACAUAAAAACGUCAGCCUUAGCUCAUUCACUAAGGCCACGGAGAAUGACUGGCAAGCUGUGAUGCGUGUCUGUUCAUGGGAAGCUGUUGUCAAGUUAUAUGUCGAGUUACCUUGGAUCAUUAGCAGCAAUCCUGGUCUACCACGAGUUAUUUUGAUAUCAACACACACACACACAAUCGAGGAGUUGUGACUUGUUGUCCCGGUGUGUGGUGUGUGCCUGAUCUCAGGCCUAUCCAAAGAUCGGAAAUAAUGAGCUCUGAGCUCGUUCCGUAGGGCAACGUCUCGUCAGAGACUGCAGCAGAUCAAACAGUGAAACACAAACACACACACACAAACACAUUUAUCACUGUCUCAUAUUCUUUCUCUCAUUGAAUUGAAACUGUAUCACCUGUACUAUAAUUUAUGAGCAAAGUGUACUGAAGUGAGAGAAACAGUGACAGCAAUAGUUUUUAGCAAUACAUUAUCAUUUCAUUGUUUUAUGCAACGUGAAACUGUAACAUCACCACCAUUAUUAAAUCAAAUGUUCCUUAUUAAAACUAAAAAAGUAGUGAUUGUAUUUGGUGAGUGUCAAUAUGUACCCAUCAACAUUGAACUACAGAAUAAUAAAACAAAACAGGUACACGAAGACAUAGUUAGCUUGUUAGUAUGAAAGAUGGUGUACAUUUGUGAAUCACCAUUAUAGUGCCUUGUGUGGAAUAUGAGCUGGGCCUGUCUUCCUGAACACUUUGCUUUCUCACCAGGACAAGAUGCAAGGCUACAGAUAUGGCCAGUCAGGUGCUAUGGGAAGGUUUUGUGUAUAUUGUGAUUGACUAGAAAACACUCUUAACCCCGUCAAUACUGGGACACAUUUCUACCUUGACAUUUGUGUACGAUUAGACCAUUUUAUUGACAUUAGGAAGGGUCUAUGGAGGUCAGAAGAUUAAUGGCCAGUCUUCAUUAUUUUAAUCCCCUACAUAAGUUUUGAAGCUGUAGAAAAUCAGCAAAUAGUCUCAAAAAUGAGUAUGGAAACAUGUCAUGGUAUUCAAGGGGUUAAAAGUCCCUGGCAACUUCCACUACAGCUUGUAUGUGAGGGAUAGGAAUGCAGAGUUGAUAGUAUUGUGUUUUUGUACUUAAUAAUUGUUUGAAUAUUUGUUGAAAUUUGUAAAAAAAAUAUAACAAUUGUUACUUGA